GUGAUCGCCAACUUGUCACAAAAAGCAUUGACCUCAAACCAGACCUGCAGGUGGCCAUCCAUGCAGCGUCGGCAAUCGCACUGACCAGUUGCCAGUUAGUUGCCUGGUACAGCCGGUGACGCCAAGCAAUGCCCAGAUCCCAGCAUAGGGACUAUUAUAGGUCGAUGCCUGGAUGGCGACACAAUUAACUAUGACGCAUCCCUUGGCGAUCUGCUGGUCUAUCUUACAAAUCUAUAGGUCCCUGUUAGUCCCUCUCUCAAGGAGAGCACAUUAUUUGUGCAAUCAUAUGAUGGUGCAAGGGGAACCCAUGAUGUAAUGACGUCGAAAGGGGGGGUUUUCAACUACACUUAUAAACCCCGAUAUUAUCCACCAAAUUGCUGCGGAAUCUAGCUUCUUUCUUCACCUAACCUUUACUAGAGAACUACUACAAAACUAUAUCACUAUGGAUCUCGUUCAGAAGUACGGCCACCUCAAGCACGAUCGACGCCGGAGCUCCCUGCAGCAGCAACUCGCGGAAGAGGAACGCCACCGGAAUCAAAUGGCAAUCAACUCACUGUUAGGGAGCUUUGGGGGUUCGGCAAACGAUCAUCCAGACCGACGAUCCAGUGGUGCGGGGAAUAUGGCGAGCAUGAUUGAGGAGUUCAAUAAACGGAAAUCAGUGUCCCCGGAUACCAAUGUCGAGCAAAAAGAGUGA